CGUAUGUAUGCAUGUAUAUAUGUAUGGAUGUGUGUAUCUACGCGGAGUCCGCCCACCCCUCCGUCCGUCCCUUGCUGUGUGUGCUGUGCUGUGCUUGGCACGUAUCGUAUCACACAUAUGUGAGUAGAUAGACGUACCCCUCUCCCUCGUCGGCGUGCCGUGUGUAUACAAAUACCGUACGGAGACAGGCAGACAGACAAGAGAGCCCCAUCGACGUAGCCAUGUGUCUGUCUGCUUGGCCAUCGGGCGAUUAAUGAAGUGCAUCAGGCAGCUGCUCAGUCGAAUGUCAUCAAAAAACGUUCACACGGAGAUUGCACCAUCAAAGGGGUGGGGGUUUGGGUCCAUCUCUGCACACAGCGCGUGCGGCCGACCCAGCACUCCUCCACUCACCCUAGGAGGACAAACGACACACACACAGUCGUCUCCAACAGGCACACACGCGGUGGUCUGGCAUGGGCACACACAUUCGAACACGAUACACACAGCGCAGACACACAUGUAACAUCAACAUCAACACAGCGAGUCCACAAACACAUCAGAAAGUAGCACGCAGGCAGGAGCUCAGCGAGGGGCCAUGCACGAGGAGAAAGCGCACAGGCAGCCUAACACGAAGUGCUCCUUCCCUCAUCUGCCGCUGCCACAACGCAGCGCGCAAUCAGUGACCAGCAAGUGCAACAGAGCAACGGAACGACCGACACGUAUUACAAACUAAGACACAAAGAUCUGGACAAUUGACAGCAGUGAAAUGACAGUGCGAUGUCGCCAUGGCGUCAGUUGGCCGUCAAUGCGGUAGUCGACUGUCAGCACAUGGCGUCAACUCAUUCAACGUCAAUGAGGUGCAAGUGGUCGACCGACUCGCGUCUCAGUGCAUUGCUGCAGUUACCAGUGUAGAGAUACAAGACACACAGACGUCUUCUGAGCGUCAGGCCUCGUGUGGUGCUCGUCAGGCGUCCUCAUCGGUGAGUUCUCACCUGACGGUGCCGCGAAAUCCGCACACGAAGAUUUUCUUGCCCGUGGUCUGUUUGACCCUGUCCAGUGCGUGAAAGAAGUCACCUGACCCGCAGCGAGAAGUGCACCCGAGUCCAAACACAGACAGCCAAAUAUAUAUUCUCUGGCGUAUAAUGUUCUCUCACCGUCUCCAGAGAAGAGAAUCACGGCAUCGACAUCUCUCUCUCUAGCUGCUUCGUCGCGAUGGCCACAUCCGCGCCCUGCUGCACAGUCCUUCCGCCAUGCCCCUGCUUCGUCUCCACCUCCCAUACCGAAACACCGCUGCGCUCGAUACUCUCGUGCAGUGCACCCAUCUGGUCACGGCGCUCUCUCCACCUCGCCGGCUUCGUGUUGACGAAGACCGAGUGGUUUCUCUGGAAGAUGAUCUCCUUGCCCAGUCGUGACCCGAAAGCCUGUUUCAUCUCGUUGCUGUAGCGAGAGAAGUCCUCAGACGAGAAGCGAGUCCGAGAUGCACUUUCAUGGCAGUGGAUGACGUUCGCUCCGUCGACGACCAACGCGCAUCGGACCGUCCUUUCUCGUCCGCUGGUGAGCCAAUAGCCAAGCGCCAAGCCUGCACCAAGGAGUGCUCCGCCGGCGAGCAUUGCUCCCAGACCGUCGUUGUUCUCCUCCCUCUCCCUUUCCUCCCUCUCCUCCUCGUUCCUACGAUACAAGCAAGGACACAGGCGGACAAUCAUCUCCGUAUCGACUCUAUCGAGAUCUCUGGUGCGACCUGACCUGCCGUCUGCUCUCCGGCUCAUCUCGGACACAAGGAGAUCUGACGCCGGGGGGAAGCGGUUCACGGGUAGGGAAUGGUCUCCGAACGGAAGCAAACAACACCAGCUGCGGUCGACGAGGCAAAGACACG